AUGACGACGGACGGGGGAGCCGUGGCGUCGAUCCGCAGGAGGCGGCGUGCUCGUGACCAGGGCGAAUCCGCGUUGGCAGAAGAUGCCGGAGAACGACCUGUGGAACGAGUACCGCAGGCAGCGGGAUCCGUCCAUCCGCGAGUACUUCGUGCAUCAGUACGCGCCGCUGGUGAAGUACGUGGCGGGCCGUGUGGCGAUCGGCAUGCCCAGCGCCGUCGACUUCGACGACCUGGUGCAGUGCGGGAUGUUCGGGUUGUUCGACGCCAUCAGCAAGUUCGAUCCCACCAAGCACGUGAAAUUCAAGACCUACGCGGUCACUCGCAUCAGGGGCGCGAUCUUCGACGAGCUGCGCGCGAUCGACUGGGUGCCGCGCUCGGUCCGGCAGAAGGCGCGCGAGGUGGAGGACGCGGUCCGCGGCUGGAAGCAAGCCUGGGGCGCGCUGCGACCGAUGAGGAGAUCGCCGUCAGCAUGGGUGUCAGCGUGGAGGAAUUCCAGCGGAUUCUGGUACGGAUCGCCGGCACUGCGGUCGUAUCGGUGAACGACGUGUGGCACGGCGGCGAGGACGAGGAUCGCGUCUCCAUCGAGGACAACAUCGAAUCGCCGAGCGAAUCGGGUCCCGCGACCAUCGCCGAGAGGGAAGAGAUGAGGCGGGUGAUCGUCGAGGCGAUCAACGAGCUGCCGGAGAACGAGCAGCAGGUUCUCGCCCUCUACUACUAUGAGGAGUUGACCCUCAAGGAGAUCGGGCAGGUGCUCGAGGUGACCGAGUCACGCGUGUCACAGUUGCACACCAAAGCCCGUCUGCGGCUGCGUACGAAGCUCACCAACGUCAAACGCGGCAUCUGA